GUCAGCACCGCAUUGCCGCCGCCUUCUCACCAGCCUCAAGAAAAGGGCAGGCGAGGCGAAGGCCAAGCCGUCCCCUCCCUCCUCCUCCGCCCGUUGCUUCAGUUCGUCCGCUGCGUUCCAUUUCCUUGCCCCCAUAUCUAAUCCUGGACCGACCUGCAAGCAGCAGCGAGAGGAGAGGAGGAGACGUAGAUAUAUAGAUAGCUAGGGAGACUCGUCGGAGCUCCUCCGGGAAAGAAAUUUCUCCGUGGGAGAAGGGGUCAGAUCUUUGAGAGGACCAGGAGGAGGAUGCCUUCCAGAGCGAUGAACCGGCUGUUCGUCGAGUCGUCGUCCUCGUCCGGCGGCGGCGGCUGCAGGGAGGCCGAGCCGGCCGCGGCGGUGCUCUGCGCCCCGAGGCCGCGCAGGGCCCAUGUCCACCCCUGCAGCGCCGACCUCAUCCUCGGCCCGCCGCCCUUCCUUCUCAGCAACAACAAGAGCAAGGAGGGCGGCAAGACCAAGGCGCCGGAAGCGGACGGCGACAAGGACGGGGGCUGGGCGCUGUUCGGCGGAUCGCCACCGGCGCGCGCGGACAACCCGCUCGUGCACGACCCCCACUUCCUGCUCAACCAGCGCCACCCCGCCGACUCGUCGCCAUUGGAGCUCGGGAUUUUUGACCACCAGAGCCGCAGCAACUACAGCCACCGCCCCACGUAUAUUAGCAGUAACAGCAGCAGCAGCAGCAACAGUUUUGCCCCGUCGUUCGCGCCGGCCGUGAGGAUCCAGGGGUUCGACGUCGCCGCGUGCCGGAGCGCCCACCCCAACGGCGGCGGCCGCGUUCUGUCCGCCCGCGCGUGAGCGCGAGAGGCGGAUGGCGGAGCUCCGGCAGCCGGGGCGCCGCCGAACCCAGGGGGAAGACCUCGAAUCUUGUACAGUUUUCGCCGGCCGGCCGGCCGUCUUAGCUUACUACUACGCGUACGUGUGUUUUGUGGUAUAUACAGCAACGGUUUUUAUUAACAGCAGAUCAGAUCAGAAUAGGGAGGCGAGAGAGAGCGAGCGAGAUCUCGUUAAGAAGAAGAGUAGAUUGAUGAUCACCGAUACACAGCAGGGGAUGGUCAAAGGGAGAGAGGAAUUUUUUUUCUUAUAAUUUUUCUCAGCAAGGUUUUCUCGUCUUGUGUUGUAAACUAGCAUAUCUUGUUCGUUGUUCGGGCGUCCGUCUUGUAGAUAUCAAUCAAUGUUCUAGUUGAGGAGUCCGUCCUGGGAUGGUGAUGAAAAAAAGAAGAUGGCUUUUGCUUGCUUAAGCAAGCCGUGAAGCUACCGCCUCCAUGUAACCAUGGUUGUAUGUAUAAAGAACUGUGUACAUAACAUGAUAUGUAAUCAAGAAGUCAAAUCA